AUGUUCGGGUUGGAGAAUUUUGUUAUUGGAAUAUUGUUUGCUGAGUUACCGAUUCUAGGAACCUUAUUUACCUUUGCUUUUCCAGGGGUCCGUAUAUCUGCUGAGUUAAAGAUUCUAGACCCUUAUUCCACCUCUGGUGUUCCAGUGCGAGAAAUAAAAUUUGUAAACAAACGGAGUUCCUGCUUCGAGACGGAUUUCCACGAUAUACAGUACACUCAAUUAUUUCUUAAUAACUUUGAUCUGGUUGUUUCAAAGGUAGAUAAGCAGGGGACCGAUGGUACUCACAACAUAGAUAUAGAAGAUCCGUCCUGCAGUAAUUGGUUACGAUUCGUUAAUUCUCCCGCCAGAUGUCAGAAGCAAAAUGUUAUUCCAAUCACGUGUGAGGGCAUCAUCUUCUAUAUGACGUCACCUGACGCAGAGCCGGGAGAAGAGCUUCUAGUCUGGAAUGGGAAUGGAUAUGGGAGGUUUCUAGGCGUAAACCGCAUACAUCCGGGCUAUUAA